GCUAUGGACUUGCCAGAGGAGAGCCAGUGGGAUGAAACCACCUGCCAGCUGGCUGUUUGCCAGCAUCCACAAUGCUGGGCCACGAUCCGCCGGAUUGAGAGGGGCCACCCUCGAAUCCUGGGCCCUCCAUGCAAAACAGCUCUGAAUGAUGAAGACAAACUUCCAGUGCUCACCACUGUAAACAUGGCGGAUUCCUGCCUCUGGGCCAAGAGACAUGCUCAUCAUCAUUUAUCAGGAUUUACCUUCACCAGACCACCUGCUCUACUAUGUCCAGGUGUUAAGUUUGACUCCAAACUCCAAAGCAGGCCUCGGAAGGACUUACCUGACAAAGAUUUAAUCGACCGUCCCGAUAGAUCUCCUAAACUUUCAGUGCUGAAUUUGAAUGAGACACAACUUCCCAGCCCUCAAGAUGUUAGAAAUAUGGUUGUAAUCUGGAUCCCAGAACAACCAGAGAGGCACGUGAGUCCCGCUGAGAAGAAGCCUGUUCUUCCCAGCCAGGACUGGAUGAAGAGGAGAAUGAUCUCUACAACGAAAGAUGGUUGGCUCUCCAGAAAGCAGAAAACAGAGACACAGUUGGGGCCUCCAGGGAUGAUUGUGCCUCCCCCCUCGCCCAUACAAUUUCUUGAGCAACAGUCUGUACCAUUCUGGAACCAAUUUGACAUGUUACCUCAGGAUCUACUGAAGGACCUCUUGCCUAAUGAAGGGAAGACCAUGCCUUCUCUGGAGAUGAGGACACAGUUGGCCAUGAUGAAGAAGAAAGCUCCCCUGGAAAAGAGUCGACCCGACAAUGCCAUUUCUGCUAAGAUGUUCUUAACCGUACACCGCCUCACGCUGCAGAGACCAGCAUUGAGAUAUCCUAAACAUUCAAAGAAAUUAUAUCACAACCUGAACACAGAAGGUCACAAGAAGCAGCAGCAGUGGCAGCAGAAGCAGCCGCAGAGGAAGGUGAAAACCCCGCCGAAGAGUCAGGAGGCUAAAAAGAAAUCCGAGAGUGAUCUGGGGAGUCAGGACAAUUUGCAUAAACAUUCUGGUGCCGUGGUGUAUGGCCCACGCUAUGGUCACAGAACUCUACGAAGCCAAGAAAGUGACAAAAAGCAGCCACAGCAGACAAAGUCAGAAGGACCCACCUUGAGAAAGGAUUCCACAAAGAGGCCCCAGAUGGAAUACUUGGAGAAUCAUCUGGAUUCCUUCGCCGGUAAAGAUGAUCCCAAGUUAUCCAAGACAGAACCCUCUAACAAGGACAUCAGCGCUCAGGAGUGGGUUGUGCUGGAAUCCCAAGACAGGAACUCAGAGGACCUCUCAGACGAUACAUCUAGAAGGUGGAACCCUGAGCUCAAGCUCCUGAGGAUUCUUCAGGCCACUGAUAAUGAGGAUGAGGAGGACCAGCUCUCCGAGUCACAGAGUGAAGAGUCUUUCUAGACCUCAGAGGACAACCUUAUUCCAGAGAAAGAUGCUUGAAAUCCUGGGGACAGAGACCUUGGACAUACAGAGAGAAAAGAGAGGGGACUUCUGCUCUUGGGAGCCUUCAUGAGGGCCUCACUGUAGGGACUCUGCUUUCUUCAUUCACUUCUCCUUACCUCUAAAAUCAGUGAGGGAGAAAAAGCCUCCCCCUUUUUAAACUGAGGUUGUUUCUCUUUCAUUAGGGCAGAAAAAUUUUAGUGA